GGAUGCGAGCGAAGGGUUCGAGUUCGAAAUUCGAAAGCGGUCAUGUCAUCGCCUCUCGGAUUUCGUAUAAGUCACCGUCCAAUGUCAAAAUCGUGUAUUUACCGCGAGCGCCGAGCGUCCGGAGCGAGCGGACAAUGCAGUCUUUGGUAGUAUGGUGGGCGGUGGUGUCUGCAGCUUGGGCGCUGGCGGGCGCCUGCUCGAGCUCCAUCUCGAAGAGGCCCGCGAGGCCUGCGAGGCCGCAGCGCCCGCCGCCGCAGCCGCAACCGCAGCCGCGUCUCAACGUCACCUUCCCCAUCUUCAAGUGCGAGCCCGACUACUCGGAGUACUAUUGCCUCAACGGUGGAGUGUGCUUUACUGUAGUGAUCUCGGACAGUCCUAUCUAUAAUUGUGAGUGCCGAAACGGUUACGUGGGUCAGCGGUGCGAGUUCAAGGACUUGGAUAACUCGUAUGUGUUGACGAGCCGGCAGCUCAUGAUGGAGACGGCGUCGAUCGCCGGCGGCGCGACUGUGGCCGUGUUCCUUGCGAUUCUAGUCUGCUUCGGGGCGUGGGUGCGGCUGCACCGGCGGGGCAAAGCGCCUCCGUCGGCAGAGCGUGGCCUGGUGCACCUGGUGGCUGUAGCGACGCCCCGGGGUCAGCUGCCGGUCUGCACUGCCCCCACUCUAUAGACAUUCUGUUCAUACAUGUACAUAUAGUUAGAUUAUGUGUUAAGUUAUGUGGAUCGAACGGGAGUAAGAAAAUUUAUGUGAUAAUUAAUUUACGAAGCAUAUAAUUUAUUUCUGAGGAAUUUCUUUUGUAUAUACCGAAACUGAAGUUGAGAGUUGUCAAAUUUCAGUUCCUUCAGCUGUGUUUGUGAAUAAUGUGUACAUGGUUCUGUUUAAUGUUGUAUGUUGGACUAGUGAGAUGGGCAAUGACCAUGUCCCUAUAUGCUACUCGCUCGUAUUAGAAGUUGUUAUGUUGUAUUGUUGGGUUGUAUAACAGGUUAGAGAGUACUCACUCUGCUGAAACAAGAUAACAAAUCUCAUUCCAUGUAGUAAUAUAUUGUUUCUUAUAAGAAUUCAGUUUAAUAUGUCCAUCAUAGUAAUGAUUGUUUGAGCAGAGUGAUAACACUUGCUACCUGAUUCCACUGCAUGUUAUUGUUUUGUAUUGUAGUAAAUGUUUAGUAAAUGGGCCUUAUUGUAAAGUCUGCAGAGCAUUUAUACUCAAAUAGAUAAAUCUAUGUCCCAGUAUAAAAACACCUUUGUAUAUUGCAAAGGUGAUCAUUUGUAUGAGUCUCUGGGCCACUUAUAUUGGUAAAUCAAUAUUGUAUUUAUUACUUGUUGUGUUGUGAUGAAGUUGGAUACUUGUGAGGCAGCGAGUAGCUCAGUUCCUAUUGCUGUAGCACAUUCCAUCGCACGGUUAGAGUAUAUUACUGGUGUCAGUAUUAUUUUGUAAUACAUGUUAAGCCGGCAGCUUUACUUUAUUUUUUAAUUUAUACCUGAUAUCCCACUGGGAUAGAGCUGUAUUAUAUUCGUUUAAUGAUGGAGACCAGCCCUUGUGAGAAGGCUUCUUGUAAAUAUAGCCCCUGUAGGUAUUUAUUAGAUAUUUAUAAACAUUUAUUUAUUGACUGCUUUAUUUAGUUAAAAUUCAUUGAUCAGCCGCACGGAUUUGCCAUGUUAACGGUUACAUCCAUUAAACCUUGCUAAGCACGGCCUCGCAAUCAUAUGUCCUAUGUAAUCUCAUUGUGAAUCUCAGUAAUAAUAAUAAUUGUAAAAAUUGUAUAACAUUGGAUGGUGUCUUAAAUGUCACUCCUCACUGUCAAUUGCCAGUCUGUCCGUUUUGCUUCUAGCUAAUUUUAAACCGCAACAACUAAAAAUUCACUAUCUGUAUAUUGUAUAGUAAUUUAUUAUAAAUGAAAUAUAGAAUUUGAAGUAAUCAUUUAUUGUCAAUAAUAUUCUAUUGUAAAAUUUCUUAAUUGUAUUUAUUGUCUUUGUAUAAUGGUGGCUUGACUGAGGGGAUGACACAAAAAUAUAGUAAAUUUGUUAAUGGGCUGUGACAGCAGUACAGGGUCUGAUAAAUUGGUGUAUUUUAUUCUAGACCACUCUACCAUUGUAUGGCUUUCAUGUGUUGACAAAUUAUAGGACCAAUCUAUCAGAGUCUGUAUAAAAAAUUGUCUUGUGUACCAUGCUGUAUUGUCAAUUCCUAAGAGAUUGUUUAUAUAAACAUUCCAAAGUAUAUGUAAAAUAUUACCUACAUCGCUAAUAAUUUUGAAAUAUCUGUUAAGAUGCUACAUUGUUAAUUAUACAGUUUUCUAUUGAUCAUUUGUUAAAAGAAAAUUAUACGAAACUAAAUCUUUA